CACUUCACAUGAAAUUGAGAAUAUGUCAACUAUUCAUAUCGAAGAAUUAUAUUUGUCAUCUGGAGUGGAGAGGAGGUGUUGGAGGGAGGAUGCUAAAAACUCCUUGGCUUUGGCCACCAAGGAUCCGAGAAUGAUUCUCCUUGAAACAUACAAAAGGGUAGAGUUCUUGUCUUCCAAGAGCUUCAAAUCACGUUUGCGUUAACAUACAAAAAAAGAUAUUUAUGCAUCAGUUGGCAAAUGUUUGGAGAAGACACCUGUUUUACUCUUCGCUGCAUCCGAGUCACGUGAUCUCAGGAACUUCCCCACGUGAUAAGUACUAAGAUGUGUUUCCAUUAUUAAAAAUCCAGCUUCAGGUUAGCCUUUGAGAAGUGUUAGAACAACAUAUAUGGCAAAGUGUUAAUAUUCAUAAAGCGCUACAAUAAGAAAAGCGGGCAGUAGAAAUAAAUGUAAAAGGCCAUUCAGCGCAUGAAAACUGUUCAACGAUAUAAUUCAAAACAACAAAACGACACUAACAUUAAAUGCCCACUGAUGCCCAGAAUGCACUAAGUGUACUCUAACCCACUGCUAGCGAGAACGUAAGUUGCUUUUUUUCCUGGAGGGCAGCUUGGCAGUUUAUAUCCUUUCACCUGGUAAUUCUCACUUCUAUGAAAGUAUCCUAAAAAAUUUAAAAACCACAAAGGACGGAGGAAAAAAAAAAAACCAGAAGAGGGAAGAAUAUUCAUCACGGGGUUAUGAACAACCGAAAAACUGUAAGAAACGUGUGUGUGCGACAAUAAGGGACGGAUUAAAUCAUUUUGACGGAGUGCUAGAGGAAUUUUUUCCCAGGUGCGUUUAGGUUUGCAGCGAGCCGGGCCAGUGGGUGUUGCCAACACUUGCCCACGUGCGGGCAAACAAACACAAACAGGGUGGCCGCGCGGCGGGCGCUCGCUUUUGCGCUGGGCCCACGGCAGUGCUGUUUCUAUUUCUCGGGGACAAGUCUCGCGUGGACUGCGGAGGGGACCACGGCCCGGGGAGCUCACCUCGCUGCAGACACACCGGACCCUAACAGCCCCCCGGAGGGAAACUGAGGCUCAGAGGCCGCCCCACGGCCGGUGUCCUCGCCUCGAGAACGCGUGGCCCGCCUUCUCGCUGAUUUCCGUGUGGGGACUAAGCAAUCGGCUGCCAGUUUGGAAAGGCCCGGAGGCCCGAGUCACCCUGCUGGGCUCCGACGGCGACCCAGGAACGUGACUGGCCACAGCCACGCCCACGACGGGCCUGGGGCUGGCGCCGAAGAGACGCGGGACAUGAGGCUGGCCUCCGGGGGCAGCGCCCGAGGUCCAGGGCCGUCCCCACUCGCCGAGCCCCCGAGGCGCUCCCGGCCGUCAGUCCCGCUAGUGGACCCGGAGCGCCAGGGGGGUGGCGAGGAGGCCCCGUCUAGGGCGGCGUUCCGCUCGGCCUGAUGGAGCCCGGCUCCCCUCGCCCCUCCCCGAGGGCCGCCUCGGCUCCCCAGCCCGGCCCCGUCCGGGCGGCGCCGGCCCGGCUCCCGGCCGUCCCGCUCGCUCAUAGGCCCGCGGCGCCGCGCCCGCCUAGGCCUGGCCCCGCGCGGCCAGGGGGGCGGAGCCGGCGGGUUCCCGCCAAAAUCGCGUAGCUGCUCCCUCCCCCGCGGGCUACGUCGCGCCCUCCUGUUUUUUCAAACCCGGGGCUGGGCGGGGAUUGGUGGGCCGGGCGCUCACGUGGUUAACGGUCGCGGGAAGCCGCGGAGCCCGAACCUGCGGCUGGACCUGCGGAGAGCCCAGCCUCGGCGCCCGGGCCGCCCCGCCUCUGCCGGACCGUCCGCGCCGCCGCCCCGAGCGUCCCGGAGCUCAGCCCGCCGCCGCGCAGUGUCGCCGCCGCCGCCGCUGCUAGGCGCGCCCAGUCGCACGUGGCGGGCCCGCCCCCUGGGCCGGCCGAGCCCUGGACUCCGCGGGCCCCGGCUCCCCGGUCGUCCGCCCCGGCCCCAGGGGCACGAUGAGCUUCCUGAGCCGGCAGCAGCCGCCGCCGCCCCGCCGCGCCGCGGCCUCCUGCAGCCUGCGGCAGAAGCUCAUCUUCUCGCCCUGCAGCGACUGUGAGGAGGAGGAGGAGGAAGAGGAGGAGGAGGGCAGCGGCCACAGCACCGGGGAGGACUCGGCCUUUCAGGAGCCCGACUCGCCGCUGCCGCCCGCGCGGAGCCCCACGGAGCCCGGGCCCGAGCGCCGCCGCUCGCCCGGCCCGGCCCCCGGCAGCCCCGGGGAGCUGGAGGAGGACAUGCUGCUGCGCGGCGCCUGCCCGGGCGCGGACGCGGCGGGCGGCGGGGCCGAGGGCGACUCGUGGGAGGAGGAGGGCUUCGGCUCGUCGUCGCCGGUCAAGUCGCCGGCGGCCGCCUACUUCCUCGCCAGCUGCUUCUCGCCGGUGCGCUGCGGCGGCCCGGGGGACGCGUCCCCGCGCGGCUACGGGGCGCGCGGGGCGGCCGAGGGCCCCUGCUCGCCGCUGCCGGACCAGCCGGGCACCCCGCCGCACAAGACCUUCCGCAAGCUGCGCCUCUUCGACACGCCGCACACCCCGAAGAGUUUGCUCUCCAAAGCUCGAGGAAUCGAUUCGAGCUCUGUUAAACUCCGAAGUGGUUCUCUAUUCAUGGAUACAGAAAAAUCAGGAAAGAGGGAAUUGGACAUGCGACAGACGCCUCAAGUGAACAUAAAUCCUUUUACUCCAGAUUCUGUGUUGUUUCAUUCUUCAGGACAGUGUCGUAGAAGAAAGAGAACAUACUGGAAUGAUUCUUGUGGUGAAGACAUGGAAGCCAGUGAUUAUGAGUUUGAAGAUGAAACAAGACCUGCUAAGAGAAUUACAAUUACUGAAAGCAAUAUGAAGUCACGGUACACAACGGAAUUUCAUGAGCUAGAGAAGAUCGGCUCUGGAGAGUUUGGUUCUGUGUUUAAGUGCGUGAAGAGGCUGGAUGGAUGCAUUUAUGCCAUUAAGCGAUCCAAAAAGCCAUUGGCUGGCUCUGUUGAUGAGCAGAACGCUUUGAGGGAAGUCUAUGCUCAUGCAGUACUUGGACAGCAUUCUCAUGUAGUUCGAUAUUUCUCCGCAUGGGCAGAAGAUGAUCACAUGCUUAUACAGAAUGAAUAUUGUAAUGGUGGAAGUUUAGCUGAUGCCAUAAGUGAAAACUACAGACGCAUGAGUUACUUUACAGAAGUGGAUUUGAAGGAUCUCCUUUUGCAAGUUGGCCGGGGCUUGAGGUAUAUUCAUUCAAUGUCUUUGGUUCACAUGGAUAUAAAGCCUAGCAAUAUCUUCAUAUCUCGAACCUCAAUCCCAAAUGCCGCCUCUGAAGAAGGAGAUGAAGAUGACUGGGCGUCCAACAAAGUUAUGUUUAAAAUAGGUGAUCUCGGGCAUGUAACAAGGAUCUCUAGUCCACAAGUUGAAGAAGGUGAUAGCCGUUUUCUUGCAAAUGAAGUUUUGCAGGAGAACUAUACCCAUCUACCAAAAGCAGAUAUUUUUGCCCUUGCCCUCACAGUGGUGUGUGCAGCUGGUGCUGAACCUCUUCCCAGAAAUGGAGACGAAUGGCAUGAAAUCAGACAGGGUAGAUUACCUCGGAUUCCACAAGUGCUUUCCCAGGAAUUUACAGAGUUGUUAAAAGUUAUGAUUCAUCCAGAUCCAGAGAGAAGACCUUCAGCAAUGGCACUGGUAAAGCAUUCAGUAUUGCUCUCUGCUUCUAGAAAGAGUGCAGAACAAUUACGAAUAGAAUUGAAUGCUGAAAAGUUCAAAAAUUCACUUUUGCAGAAAGAACUCAAGAAAGCCCAGAUGGCAAAAGCUGCAGCUGAGGAAAGAGCCCUCUUCACUGACCGGAUGGCCACCAGGUCCACCACCCAGAGUAAUAGAACAGCUCGACUUAUUGGAAAGAAAAUGAACCGCUCUGUCAGCCUUACCAUAUACUGAACUACUCAUUUCCCACCUCCCCCAAAAAACUGUGACCAGAGGAAGCUAGGUUGAAAUCACUGCUAGAAUCCUGUUUGCAAUUACUUUCUCAAUCCGUGUCAGUAGUUUUACUGAAGUACCUUUCAGGACUUCUAUGUGUGAAUUACAGUUGAAAGCUGUAUGGUGACCAGUGCUAUGUCAGGCUUUGUCUAGUCUUAGCAGUCUGUCUUCUCUAGGAUGUCGGUCACUGUUGGAUGUUACACCGGCCUUUCCAGGGUUAACCACUGUGGUGGUGUGCUGCUUAUAGUUUGCUGUUGUGUUGUCGUAAAAGGUAUCUUUCCCUAUGGUGGUGACCUGUAAAAAGGACUCAAGGGCUUUAUUACAAACAUAUUCUCCCUUCGAAAAGGGAAAUGCUAAGAGACUCAGUACUACUCAGCCUUCAGUGUACCUGUGUCAAUCUUAUAUUUCUUCUUUUUAAUUGUGAAUUAUACUUGUAUAUCCAACUGGGAGCACUUUGUAGGCACUGCAUCAGCCAUGGAAUGAUGAUUCUGUGGAAGUAUUGCCUUGUGAAUUUGCUGCUAUUUUAGUUUUGUCUUUGCUGUAAAAUUGUAGCAUUAAACAAUCAUCGUUGUUAAUAGGCUUUCUUUUGAAAACAAUUAUGUGAAAUAUGUUGCUGCUCUUGAUGAAAAGCAGCUAUCUGCCCUUUUUUUCUUUGAACUUUGAAGCUAGUGCAUUGGAGAAAUGCACCCUUUUUUCCCUUUGGAAUGCUGUAUUAAUGUAGUAUAAUUCUUACCGGUUUUGUAAUUUUUCCUGAUAAUGCCCUUCCCUGACUCUUUUUUAAAAUGUUUCCUCCCUCUGCCCAAGUUUUGUACUUGAUUGUAUUAUUAGUCUGUUUUUAAAUGUUUUGCCUGGUUUCUCUUCAACAUCUGUGUAUAUAAACUAAUCUUGGUGUUACUGUACAUAGCUGUUUGAAAUGCCAGAAUGACUUCUGACUAUUCCAAGCUUUUCACAAAAUACAUUUUAUCUGUGAUUAGCCAUUUGACUAAUAAUACUGGCUAACAGAUACUGCAAAAAAAAGAAAAGAAUUUGUCUAUUGUUUGUUUUCCUAUUAAUUUUGGUUUAAAACAUGUUUGCACUUGUCUCUUCGACUUGUGUUUUAUUAACAUUGAUUGGCAUAUUAAAAGUCACUCUGAGCUCA